AUGGAUGUACAGACCCCUCCAGCGCUGGCAGGUGAAGAAGAUUUCCAUGAUUUAGGAUACACAGAAGAAACCCUAUUUGAUGAGACAGAUCAGGAACCAAUGGACAAAUACAUGAGCAUUGAAACAAUUGCCAAAACAGAGGAAGAAGAGAUCAUGGAAGAAGGUGCAAUGAUUCCAUUCAAAGGUCUACCGAACCCUGAAACUUGGGAAGACAACAGCAUGUUUGGACUUACAACAACAGGUGUUGGGGAUAAGAAGAAUCUGGACCCAACAGUUCACAAAGCACUAGCUGGACUGGACAGAGGACUCUGGGAAGAAGCCAUGCAAAAAGAAUUGGAUGGCCUGGAAGCAAUGGGUACAUGGGAGGUUGCUGACCCCCACCUGGGCCAGAUGGAUGCGCAGGAAGAAAUGGAUUCAUAUGAAGAGACCAUGCACAAUGAUCGUGAAUUGGGGAAAAGGGGGUUCCAACAGAGUUCAGUGAGAUCAGUAGGACCAAUGGCUCUAUGGCAGAACUCAUCAAGAUUGACCUCACCAGCACUGGUCCAAAGAUACUCCUAUUGCCAAUGCCACAAGAGGAUAACAAAGAACAAGGAAGAUGUCACAGGGCCAGCGGGCCAGCAUAUGAAGGGUGCACCAAAUUGA